GAUCCUGACCUGCCGUUCGCGAGCCUCAUCUCGGGGUGCUAUUCCUCUCUUUCUCUGGGCACCUGUGGUGUACGCUGACAGUCACGAUGCCUGCAAAGGGUCUCUUCAGUUCGCUGAAAGGCAUUGAUGCCUUCGGCAAGACCAUGGAAGAUGUGAAGGUCAAGACGCGCACCGGCGCGUUCUUGACCAUUCUGUCCGCGGCCAUUAUUCUGGCCUUCACGACAAUCGAGUUUCUAGACUAUCGACGCGUGAACAUCGAUACGUCUAUCCUGGUCGACAAGAGCCGAGGAGAAAAACUGAACGUGCGUAUGAACAUUACGUUCCCUCGAGUACCAUGCUAUUUACUUAGCCUUGACGUGAUGGACAUCUCCGGAGAGACACAAAACGAUAUCUCGCAUAACAUCGUUAAGACGCGGCUCGACGAAAAGGGCGAGCCGAUGUCCGCUCUCUCAACAAGUGGCGAGCUACGCAAUGAUCUCGACAAGCUGAACGAACAGCGUGGCUCUGGAUACUGUGGUUCGUGCUUUGGCGGAAAACCACCACCGAGCGGAUGCUGCAACACGUGUGACGAGGUCCGCCAAGCAUACGUCGACCGCGGCUGGAGUUUCAACCGCCCGGACGGUAUUGAGCAGUGCGUGAGCGAGGGCUGGUCAGACAAACUGAAGGAGCAGGCGAGUGAGGGCUGCAACAUCGCCGGCAAGGUCCGCGUCAACAAGGUCGUUGGGAACAUUCACCUUUCGCCCGGUCGCUCGUUCCGCACGGCGGCACAGAAUAUCUAUGAGCUCGUGCCAUACCUGCGCGAAGACAAGAACCGCCAUGACUUUUCACACAACAUUCACCAAUUCGCAUUUGAGAGUGAUCAAGAAGGACAUAGGCAGCUCACGACACAGUUCAAACGUCGUGCUGGGAUCGAUGGCAACCCGCUCGACGGCAAGUCGGGCAGGACGGCGAAGCAGCAGUACAUGUUCCAAUAUUUCCUCAAGGUGGUUUCCACGCAGUUCGAUAUGCUGGAUGGCAAGAUUCUCAAAACACACCAGUACAGUGCGACGCAUUUCGAGCGCGAUCUGACUAAGGGUCAACAAGAGGACAAGGAAGGCGUGCACGUUUCGCAUGGAUCGACUGGCAUCCCGGGCGCGUUCUUCAAUUACGACAUCUCGCCAAUCCUGAUCGUGCAUACGGAGACGCGACAGUCGUUCGCGCACUUCCUUACCUCGACAUGCGCUAUCGUGGGCGGUGUGCUCACAGUCGCCUCGCUGAUCGAUAGCGUCCUGUUUGCAACGACACGGGCGUUAAAGAACGGGGGAGUGGGCCAGGGAUACUCGAACGGCAAGCUCAUGUAAAUUGGUGCUCUGCUCUCGUGUUGUCUAUGUAUUUGCUGUUCAUUGUUA